AUGCCUGCAACAUCUGUACCAAAUCACAAACAGCUCCUCUAUGAGCCCAUCAUACUCGAGCAUGCUCUCAAAGAAUCAUGUCGGAGCCACCGCAUUUUGUUCAGCGAACCAACAGCAAAGCCCAAGAACAAUCUUGAGACCCAAAGACAGGCGUUUCAGUCUUUUGUCGACAAGCUCUCUCAGGUUUGCGACAAUCGCCGGGGAGGAGAUACCGUCACCUCGUUCGCUAUUCUCAAGGGCCGCGAUGGCCCUAAGUUCGUCUUUGGGUCCAAUGCGAGGAACCACAAUGAUCUCAUCGAAGCUCAGGAGUUCGUUCAGAACCUUGUUGAGUUUGUCGGAGAGAACCCAGAGAAACUCAAGGAAAAGCCUCUCACGAAGCGGGUGUUGUGGAGAAUUCUUCUCUUCAACCUUCCUCGUGUUCAGGCGUAUCUGGAACAGCUAUCGAAGAGCCUUAAAGAUUGCAUCAAAGACAGUUACAGACGACAGAGAUCACAGACCUCUUCUUCUGAGCUCAAGAGACUGGAUGAAGUCACUGGCGAGCUCCGACUUCUCAAGGAAAAAGCUGAGUUUCCGCAAGACAUUGCAUCCUCCUCACUGCAGGAUAAGUUCUUGAGCGACUGUGAGAAGCUUAUCAAGGCUAUUCUCGCAAUCAAGAACACCUCGAUGGAUAAGGCCAUCAGAGACAACGCCAAAGACGGAGACCUCACCAGCUCUGAGGCCUGGUGCGAGCUCCGUCACUAUCUCGGACGUCUCUUGUCGUUCCGCCAAGCUGCGGAAGUCAUCGUAGGAGCCAGUGACCGCUUCAAAUCGAUGUUCAAAGACUUCAAAGUAAUUGCGGUGCCAUCGAGUGAUCGAAUUCUGAAGCCUAUUCCGAAAUCGUCUUUGGUUACGGCCGCAUCCAUCAUUCGCAACAUGGCCUCAGACGAUGAAGACAUGCAAGCGCUUCUCGCGAAUGCGGCAGACAUGCAAAAGCUCGGCCUUGACGAAUUCAUCCGGAUACAGCUCUGCAAGAGAACUUUCAGGCCUUAUGUACACGCCGAGAUACUUGUCCAUGACUACCUCCUUCGUCAUGCCGAAGAAGAGUGCUGGGACUACUGGAACGGCUGGGAGUACAUCGGUGGAAGCAAACCAACUUGCAGACUGUGUCAUUACUACUUCACCUCACACCCAAACAAGGUACCGGUCAGAGAUACGCACUUCAAUCUCUACCCCAACUGGCGACUCCCGGGUAUGUUCGAGAACAACGACACUACUGUUUCUGAUGCGAGAAGUUUGGAACUUCUGCGCAAGAUCAUUGAUAGUGUUCGAGACGACGCUAAGGACACGCUGGAGAAGAAGUCUCCCCGUGGCAAGAAGCACGAUUCCGACACCCAUUCCACCGUACCGGUGUACUACAAGUACAUCAAUGACGACUCCAUCAGCCUGGGCGACGCUCCCUCGCGAGUGCCUCGUAUUCUGCUCAGAUCACAGUCUCGGAAUGGUACGUACCCAACAGUGGACGAUGAUGACGGUUUCAGUAUGGUUGGUGAGAUUGACCCUGAGGAGACUGACGAUGAGAAUGGGGGUGUUACUGUGCUUUCUGGGUAUUUGUGA